AUGUCUGCCAAAGAAGCCCAACCAACCACAGCUCCAGUUUCUGCUGAAGAUGAACCAAAGGUGAUCAAGACCUUGGAAGAAGAUGAUGAAUUUGAAGACUUCCCUGAUGACACCAAAUGGUCCAAGGAAGCAAGAACCACAAACCCACAAUUAUGGGAAGAAGAUUGGGAUGAUGAAGAUUCAAAUGAUGCAUUCUCUCAACAACUUAGAGAAGAAUUAAAGAAAAACCAGAAGUCUGCUUAG